UCAACGGCAGUGCCAAAGGUGUUGAUAUGGUUUCAACCUCUUUUCCUGUUCAGAAUCAAAGUUAAUAAUUUACAAGAUCGACAGCAGGUGCCGGUAGAGAGGGGAGUUCGAGCUCCAGUGUUUCAAUGUUAAGGACUAGCGAAAGUAUCGGUCUCACCAUCCCACCCCAACCCCCUCGCCUUCUGCCUGGUCCAGGGAGAUCUGGCAGAGUUCCAGAGGACACUGUCGCAGAGGAAGCUACAGUUUCCUGCUUUUAGCAGAGUUAGAUCUAUACUGGAGAAUUGAUCACUGGCCGGAAAAGUUUGGAAUAAUUGCUACACUACCCUCAGUGCAUGAGACAUUUCCCACAAAGAAACAUGGAUAAAGAAAUGGACUCUCCAUCAUCUUACAGCCACAGGAUAGUGCCAACAUCCCUUCCACAGUCCAACUAUCCAAUGUCUCCUCCACCAGCAUGUAAUGGGACAACAUCUCCCAUUCGGUUUCCAAGUGAAGGGCAAGUGUAUUUCAACAUGACCUCCCCUUCUUCAAGCAACGAAGAACUGUUGUGCGAGCUGAAGGCUGGAAAAGUCCUGAGGCCGAUACAACAGUCUAAAGGCCUAACAACAAUAUUUUCUGGCAGUGGAAGCAAUAACCAAUGGUUAAACACGGGACAUGGAAAAGUGCCACUACAUGGGCGAGUGCAAUCGUUGCAUGGGAAGACUUCGAACCCAACAGCAGCUGGUGUUCAUGGCAGAUCAAGCUCUGAUCGCAAAUCUUCAAUAUAAACAAAAACAAAAUGGGGAAUAGGGCAGUUAAAGUGAGCUAAUAGUAGAGAUUUCAUUUCUUAUUAAAUUCAUUUUAAAUUAUA